AUGAUGACCGUGCUGGGUUUCACUCAGGAGGGAGUAAUGUGUAUGCUAAUGAGAGGAGAGAAGUGGACACCAAUGAUUGAUAAUAUGGAGGAAGCGUACAGAGCAACGCAAGCCUGGAAUGACACCUUUAUCUGUGAUGAACGUGUUCAAAUUGGAGGAAUUGCCUUCAUCAUGGACUUUGAAGGAAUGAGGAAAAGGGAUUUAAUGAAAAUGCAAGAUAUGCAGGCCUCGAAAAUGGGCACAAUGUAUUUUCAGGUAGGUUGUACUCCACAUGACCAUCCAGGCUGCUCAAUUGACCUGAUCACAUUAAUGAUACAAGUACUGUGUUAG